AGGCCUUGGAACGAGACUGACACCUGACUGUGACAGGACACCGCCAGCAACAAAUACCUUCAAAGUCUCAAGUUCCCGCCAAGUUUCACCCAAACUCUUGCCAUUGUCAGUCUCAUUUCACAGCACGUGACUUGAAACCCAGCCAGGAAGCCCCUGUCACAGCUGCCACGUUGCGCGCUUCCUUUGUUCCUCUUGCCCGUUUGCGCAGCACAAACCACGAGCGUCUACGAUGCAAAGCGACGAGGACAGGAUUUGGGACACGCCGCCCCGGGGCUUCGCCACCUUUGUGGAAGCGACCCUGGGCCUCAUGAACACUGACCGCCAGCAGGUCAAGCACACCUUCCGCAACGUCUCCUAUCGCAUCCUUAGGCAGAUUCAAAUCAACUGGAAGCAGCGGCUCUCCAACGAACACCGUGUUGCCUUCAAACAGCGGGAAGCCAAAGCCGACGAAGAUAUUGCUGCAAGGUUUGCACAAGUGAUUCGAGAACGCAUCCUACACGGAGAGCUCAGCCCAUUCAAUAUCUCCGCUGAAGGCGGCAACAGAGGCAGUGCACACACCACCAGCGCUACCGUCGCCACGGCUACAACGACAGCUUCUGACAAUGGUGGCAUGGGAGCGGUGCAGUUCAGCAGCGAUGAUACACCAAAGGAGGCAAAUGAUGAGGAAGAGGAGGGAAAGCAAGCGGAGAACGAGCCAAGUGCACGUCACACAAACGAACAGCAACAACAGCAACAGCAGCAGAAACAAGAUCAGAAGAACAAGAAGAAGAAGAAGAGUCAGCACUUGCAAGUGAAAACCGAGCCGUUGCCAGAGAUGGCAGCAGCAACCGGCCAAGACAAACAGCAGCAGCAACAGGAGAAGAAGGGAUCUGAUGAUCAGAAAUCCUCACACCCUCCACCAUCCCACCAGAAGCCAACAGCAGCAGCAACACCACCACCACCACUUUUAUCACUGUCAUCAGCAUCAUCGCUGCUGCAGUCAUCAAUGCAGCUGCCGUCCCCCAGCAACUUGUCUGUAUCGCCCGCACUUAUCCCCGUUCUUCAGGCCAUUGGAUAUCCGGAGCAGCACCAGCGGCUGAUCUCGGCGCUGCUGGCGACCAACCCCGGCCACCUUGAAGAGCUCUCCUUGGAGCAGCUGCACCACAUCCUCGCUGCUGUUGGUCUGGCCACACCGCCCACUAAGCGUGAUGCCAUCGCCGUAACAGUCGACUUCAUGCAUCGCAUAUCCGCAAUGGUCACGGCCCACUCGCCACCGUUUGCCUCGCUCCUGUCCCCCACUUCCAUCUUGCAGCAGCAGCACCAUCGCAUCGCCGCCACCACCGCCGCCAGCGUGCCCGUGUCGCCGGCACAUGCCCACCCAACGCACUUUACCUUCGCUGGAGCUGUUCCGUUUCCACUCGUGUCAACCACACACGCGCACGCGAACGCGAACGCGCAUGCACACAUGCGUGCUCUCUUUGCACCGCAAUCAUCAUCGCCAUCAUCGUCGUCGCCAGCAGCAGCAGCAGCAGCAGUGUCCAUGGCACAUAUGUUGCACGCACCGCAGGUGGGGCUCGGUGGCCUGCUAUCCCUCCCAACGUUGGGCACCAUGCAGGCUGCAACGGCAGGAGCGACCAUCCCUGCACAUGCUUUUGGAGAUGGGGAGAGCAAGGAUACAAGGGAAGAUACCACAACACGCCAGGCGAACACGCCACAUCAUCACGACAACACCACACGAACAGCAAAUGCAGCAGCAGCAACAACAACAUCAUCAUCAACAACAGGAACAGGAACGACGUUGCGCCAACGGCAGCAGCAGCAGCACGGCACUGUGAGCAGGCAGCAGCCGCCACCGCCAGAGGAGAGGGUUGCACAUCGAUUUUCGCUCAUUGAACGCGGGCGGAUUGCGCAGAAGAGCACACCGCCCGUGACGGCGGCGGGCUACAAGCAGAUCAUGAAGGCGAUGGCAACCGAUGGUGACGUCAUUCGCUGCCGCUGCGGCGUGCACAUGGAGGACGGGCAGAUGAUCAAGUGCGACGCGUGCGACAGUUGGCAGCACUGCGUGUGCAUGGACGUUGUGGAUGACGAUGCCUUGGAGUACACAUGCGAAGUUUGCUCCCCGCGAACGCUGCCCGACACGAUUGUGCUCAAAGACGUCGUGUCUGAGGCGGCACCCCACCGCCGCUUCUUCAAAGUGCUCCAUCAGCCCGCGCUCGACGUCAGCGCUGGGUCGUUUGUGUAUUGGAAGACGCCGGACGUGGAGGAACUGCGCAUUGGACGCGUUCUCGAGAUCUACCAAGACGGUGCCGAGGCGGAACCACGUGUGAUUGUUGACGAAUAUGUGUACGCAAACGCCAUCCAGCACGCAGCCGGCCGCCGCGUCUUCCAAAACGAGGUGUUUCUGCUCCCGGGAACCAAAGACAUCUCAGUCCGUCACAUUCUCUCCCUCUGCUGCGUCGUCGACGUCCAGUUCUUUCGGGUGGGCGACCCCGCCGGCUUUGAUGCGCAGGACGUGUACGUGUGCGAAUUCAUGAUUGACAAGGAAGAUGGCAACUUCCAGCCUAAGAAGCCGGACAAGUGGGGAGCAACCUCGGACAUGUUUGAGCUGGUGCCUCUCCCAAAACCACGAAGUGUGCGCCGUCGCUGCGUCAUCAACAGCACGAGUGCCAAACACAUCCCGGCAUCCCUCGCAGAUCUCCCAACAGCUCACAUGUGUGAGCGAAUUCUCGGCACAGCACAUGUGUGGGUCUGCGGUGUCGACAAAUGCGGCGCGCAGUUCCUGUCGCAUAAGUCUCUGAUCAGCCAUCUCAAGACACAGCACCAGCAGACAAAGGCUGAACCACGGUUUGUGAUCCGCAAGACGCUGUCGAAGCAAAUGCUUGCUGAUGCAAUCGUGGAGCUGCAACGGCUGGAGGGACUACCACAGAGGUUCAUAACAGCAGCAGGAUGCAUGGACGCAACAGACGCACACGCAGCAGAAGCAGCGGCGGUCUCGACUGCAGCGACAACGCGGGCAACAUCGCCGUCACCCUCACCAACAUCAUCCUCAUCAUCUGCAACACCAACCACCGCCACCUCGCCGCUCCCGUCCCCGCGUGCAGCGAAGAAGGCAAAAACACGAACAUCGCAAGAGCAGCACCAGCAGCAGCGUGCAAAGGGGCGGAAAGACAAACACGUCUCCAGUCACACGAGCAAUAGCAGCAGCAAGAAAGCACGACAGCAGGCACACAUGAACGGCAGUCGCAACAGCAGCAGCAGCAGCACCAACCGUUCUGCAGCCAAUGCACCAGGCAACGACACCACCACCACCACUAUCACCGCCGCCGCCGCCGCCAUCAAGAGCCAGCGUACGAAGCAAGCGGGCAGCGCGCCCGCACCAGACGUCUCCCAUCGCUUUGGAAGUGUUGUCAGCUUGAUGCAGGAUCCAAAGAGCGCCGCGUUCCUGCUGGCUGGUCUGGACCUCAACGCGCCCGUGCCUCUUCCAAUCCCGGCUGCUGCUGGCCCAACCACGCUUGCAUCCCAUCGCAUCACCACAGCGACACCCAUCACUGCUAUGCCCGUGUCCAACCCGCCCCCACUGGGCGCCGCCACGGUUGAGGUCACGAGCGUGCUGAGCGAAGGGUCUGCGGUGACGGCACGGCUGUACCACGACGGAAACGUGUUUCAGGGCGUGCUGGUGCAGUGCGAACCAACAGACAGCUCACGCCUCCCGCGCCCCUCGCCCGCCCCCGACGCUGGCAUUGAGCAGCAGGUGCUGUUUGGCCGCCGCCGUCUCGCCUUCCACUGCCCAGAACGCGGCUGCGACGUGUGGGUGCCAACACCCGAUGAGCUCAUUGAGCACAUGAACGACGUGCACGCACUCCAGCUGCUGUUCACAGAUGCAACACUGCCGCCCACGCGCGAGCCGGCACGCGUGCGCUGUCCGUUUUAUCGGUGCAAACAGGAGGUGACCAGUGCAAACUCGCUCAUCUCGCACAUCAUGACCUGCCACUGCGUGUUUGGUGCCAAGUCCCGCCACGCAAAGGAAGCGAUGAGGCAGCGGCAGCGGCAGCAAUUGCGCACACUCAACAGUGACAUGACCACUGAUGACGGUGGUGGUGGCGGUAGGGAGGGCAGCCUCUUUGUGAAGACCCGCACCACGACAGCGCACACCCUGACGGCAGCGGCGAAGAAGAAGAACAGCAAGGGGAAGGUCACGAAGCGGGACAGCAGCAUCAAGGGUGGUGCAGCUGCAGGCGAUGGCAACAACGCAAAGCAGGGACGCGAAGCCGUAUUCGGGGUGACUUCGGCACUUGACACAGCAUCGCCCAGCAAAGGACCGCGUGACAGCACAACCACAUCAUCACCGCCAUCAUCUGGCAGCACGGUGUUGCGUCGGGCGAAGAGCGACCCCACGACCGGUGCGCGGCAGGUGGUGUUUGGGCUUGACGUGUGUCGUCGCAUGUCGACCCUCGUUGGCACCGGCCGCUCAGCUGUUGCUGCUCGCCGGCGUGACGGCUCUGUUGUUGUUAUUAGCAGUGGUGGCGGCAGCAGCGGCAGCGGUGGUGGUGAUCGUGGUGGUGGUCCGAGGACACGGCCCGCGACCAGCACAUCCCAACGGCAUGAAGAUGAGGCAAGGGCAGAGAGCAAUGACACCAAUGGUGAUGGUGGUGGUGAUGGUGGUGGUGAUGGUGGUGGUGAUGGUGAUGGUGGUGAUGAUAGUCGGGUUGAGGGCGGACGGCGCCGGCACAAACGAGGGGCAGAUGAGCUGUUGAUGACAACGCGUGUUGCUGCGCCUGCACACCACGGCCGCGCCCACCGGCACGUUUUCAUCAACGCGACGACGAUUCGCCGUGAUGAAGGCGCACAAGGCACCGCCAAACGCGCCAAGCAGCUGUGAUGCGUGCGCGGAUGUUUUGGACGGAUGGAUGGACGUUUGUGAACAUGUGUGUAUUUUGCGUGCAUGUGCUUGCAUGGAUGUGUGUGCGUGCGUGUUGCGGAAGGAAGGAAUGCGUGUGGCUGUGCUGACUUUGUGCAUGUUGGCUGUUUCUAAGUGACCUUGUUAUUGGAGUGUGAACAAGUGUUGUAGCGUGAAGCGUGUAAAUAAGACGAAUCGAC